AUGUCCCUUGAAGCCCAGAGACAGCUUCUCGAGGAGCUCAAUGUGCUCGAGGCGGCUGCGGCCCAGCGGUUCCGGAAAAACCCGGCCCUACGAGCCGCAGCCCGUAUACUGCUGGCCGAUGAGGUGCUUGAAUCCAAGCCCAAACGACCACAUUUGGAAAACAUCAUGCACCAGCACGAACUAGCGUUUUUCCAUAGCCAGUAUGCUAUGGACGGCGAACGGUGCACCAACGUGUUUGCGGGCGACGCCCUCGCCAGCGAAAUCUCGGCCUUCAAAGACCCCGACCUCAAGUUCCAGCAUAUUCUAGCCACCAUUCGCAACAUCGAUGACAAGUACCAUGGCGCCGCGCCUGGCAGCGCCGGCUCCGUCGCAGACUCCUAUGCAAUGUACCUGAGUGCGCCAAAGGCAGAGGACCCCAAGAAGUCGGCCAAAGUGAAGCGGAAGUAUCUUCUUUCUUCGGCCACUGUGCACAUUGAUGCGCAGCUCAAACUGGCGUUUUCCGAGUCGGAGUCAUACGGCAAGUACGUGGACUUGAGCCUCCCGUAUGAAAUGGCCAAGUCCUUGCUGGGCUCGCCGCAAAGCUACGUGGACUACCUCCGGGCGUUUCUUGAGUUUGGAUGCAGAAGCAAGGCCCCGGCGUACAGCAGCUAUCUCGACACUCUCCUCAAGUACUUGCGCAACUUCCAUGCCAACGUCUUUCCGUUGUCGCCGGAAACCGCUGCUGGUGCUUCUCUGGAGAAAAUCGCUGCUGGUUCCUCUCUGGAGGCCAGGCCGCCAUCCGCGGAGGAACUCGGGAAGCCCAAUGCCAACGGCGAGGUCUUUUGCUGCGCCUGCGACAAGCUCUUUGCCAAGGAGUCGGUGUACCAGGGCCACCUUUCGGGCAAGAGGCACAAGAAAAACAAAGACAGGAAGCAGGCCGGUGCAAAGAAUGAGACGUCCGCCCUCCAGCCGAGCCACUUGGAGGCGCAGAUCCGGGCUCUUGCCACGAGCCUCAAGCCCAUCAUCGACAUCACCAUCACCGACCACCAACGACAGGCCCGCUUCUCCGAGCGUGAGCAGCAACUUGAGCGAGUUGCCUUGGAAGGCGAGCUUUCGGAAUACACGGCCCUAGACUCGGACUCGGCCGGCGAGGCGUCCGAGGACGAGGACGACUUCGAUGCCGCCUUCUCCAAAGACUUGCCCUUGGGCUCGGACGGAAUCCCGAUUCCGCUCUGGCUCUACAGAUUGCAGGGCCUCCACCGCUCGUAUCUGUGUGAAGUGUGUGGAAACAUUGCGUACAAAGGAAGGCAGCAGUUCAACAAGCACUUUGGCCAGCCCAAACACGUGCAUGGGCUCAUGUGCCUCGGGGUCCUGGAGCAACACACCUCGCUUUUCGCCAACAUCUCCACCAUUGCAGAAGUGCAAGAAUUGUGGGCAAAGCUCAAGCUGGGCGAGUUGGCACAGCAGGAAAACGACGACAAUGCUAUCGAGGUGGAGGACGAUGACGGGAACGUCAUGUCACGCAAGGACUACGAGGAGUUGAAGAGACAAGGCUUGAUAUAG